UAUUUUUAAUGCUCCAGCAGAUUUAGAAGGUUUAAAUAAGAAAAAUACACAGCUUCGCCUCUGAAACAGAUUGCUCUCCUUGAAGCGGGAGGGCUCCAGAACAUGAAGUUUUCAUCAGGCUAACUUGAAAGAGUAUUUUCACGGCUUUCCAACUCCGUUUAUUCUCAUGUACGAAUUCCCCCUUUCCCUUAUACAGAUGUGGAGGCCGAGGCAUGGGAAAUCAAAGAAAUUUACCCCCAGUCGUUGGCAGAGCCACCGCUAUGAAUAAUUGCCUGAUUUCCACUGAUGACUGGAAUGCCCUCUAGACCGUCCGCUCUCUCCAGAUGCGCCCCGGGUUUAAAAAUUACACGGAUCCCGCGACGUUUGGCCUCGUCUCCACCGGUCGCUUUGGGGAGAGCUGGGAGGGACUCUGACACCGACCAUGUGUGGGGACGCGGGGUGGCGAAGGCAUCCCUGGCACGGAGACGACGCAGCCGGAGCGCUGCGAUCUCCGGCGACAAGACUGCACCCUCUGGAGGCAUGGCUGACAAGAACAGCACCCUGAAAUGCACGUUCUCUGCUCCUGGCCACAGCACCACUCUACUGCAGGGACUGGCCUCGCUCCGAGCUCAGGCUCAGCUGCUUGAUGUCAUCCUCACUAUAAAUAAUGAAGUGUUUCAGGUUCAUAAAGUUGUCUUGGCUGCCUGCAGUGACUAUUUCAGGGCAAUGUUCACAGGCGGGAUGAGAGAAGCCAGCCAAGAUGUGAUCGAACUGAAGGGUGUAUCUGCAAAAGGACUGAAACACAUAAUAGACUUUGCGUACAGCGCUGAAGUGACUCUUGAUCUUGACUGUAUUCAGGAUGUGCUGGGAGCUGCUGUCUUCCUCCAGAUGGUGCCUGUCGUGGAGCUCUGCGAAGAAUUUCUGAAGUCUGCCAUGAGCGUAGAAACGUGUCUCAAUAUCGGGCAGAUGGCCACCACCUUUAGCCUCGCAUCCUUGAAGGAAUCAGUAGAUGCAUUCACUUUUAGGCAUUUCCUCCAGAUCUCUGAGGAAGAGGAUUUCCUCCACCUGCCGCUGGAGCGCCUUGUUUUCUUCUUGCAGAGCAAUAAGCUGAAAAGCUGCAGUGAAAUAGAUCUCUUCCGUGCUGCCGUGCGCUGGCUGCAGUACGACCCGACCCGCCGUGCCAGCGCCAGCCAGGUCCUCUGCCACAUCCGCUUCCCGCUGAUGAAAUCCUCGGAGCUGGUGGACAGCGUCCAGACCUUGGACAUCAUGGUGGAAGACGUCUUGUGUCGGCAAUAUUUGCUGGAAGCGUUUAAUUACCAGAUCCUGCCCUUUCGCCAGCACGAGAUGCAGUCCCCUCGGACCACCAUCCGCUCAGACGUCCUGUCCCUCAUCACCUUCGGGGGCACUCCCUACACCGACAACGACCGCACCGUGAGCUGCAAAGUCUACUACCUGCCGGAUGCCAGCGCGCGGCAGUUCAAGGAGCUGACGGAAAUGGAGGUGGGCAGCAGCCACUCCUGCGUCGCCGUCCUCGACAACUUUGUCUACAUCGUCGGAGGGCAGCACCUGCAGUACCGCAGCGGCGAGGGGGCCGUGGAUAUCUGCUACCGUUACGACCCGCACCUGAACCAGUGGCUGCGCAUCCAGGCCAUGCAGGAGAGCAGGAUCCAGUUCCAGCUCAACGUCCUCCACGGGAUGGUGUACGCCACCGGCGGGAGGAACCGCUCGGGGAGCUUGGCCUCCGUAGAGAAAUAUUGCCCCAAAAAUAACGAGUGGACUUACGUCUGCUCCCUGAAACGCAGGACGUGGGGGCACGCUGGAGCCACGGUAGGAGACAAAUUGUACAUAUCGGGUGGGUACGGCAUUUCAGUGGAAGACAAAAAAGCCCUGCACUGUUACGACCCCGCCGCGGAUCAGUGGGAGUUUAAAACCCCGAUGAACGAACCCCGAGUUCUGCAUGCCAUGGUCAGUGCAAAUAACAGGAUUUACGCGCUGGGAGGCCGCAUGGACCACGUUGACCGUUGUUUUGAUGUUUUGGCUGUGGAAUAUUACUUGCCCGAAACAGACCAAUGGACAACGGUGAGCCCUAUGCGUGCGGGUCAGUCAGAAGCCGGCUGUUGUUUACUAGAAAAAAAGAUUUAUAUCGUAGGAGGGUACAAUUGGCAUCUGAACAAUGUCACAAGCAUUGUGCAGGUGUAUAACACGGAAACUGAUGAAUGGGAAAGGGACCUGCAUUUUCCAGAAUCCUUUGCCGGGAUAGCAUGUGCUCCCGUUAUACUCCCGCAGGUGACGACCCAGAGAUAACCACGCGCCACGGCGACGGCCCGUGAAACCACCUCGUGUUGCAUGUUAUCAGGAUGCUCUGUUGUUCCUCUGUUGUUUGCAAAUGGUAUUGUGCAUUUUGUGGGUGAGGGAAGGAGAAAAAUAGCUUGCGUUCCCUCCUCCAUAAAGUCCCUCCUCCUCUUAUGUAGUGUUCUGGCAAGCGUGUUUCAUCAGAAGCACUUGUCAGCUAGUUAGACUUAACAGAUGUUACAGCUGGGAAAAGCUUUUCUCUUUUUUUUUUUUUUGUGAUUGGGGGGUGCAUUUUGCCAACUUCUCAUAUUUUUAACAACGUUACACCUUGCAAACAUUGACAGCUCAGGAGUAACUAAGUACUGUGGUCUGUUUAAAGGAGUUCAGGUGUGAUUUUUAUUAAUAGCUCCAAAAAUCAUUGUAUGUCGCUUCGUUGUUUUUUAACAAACAAAAAAAACCAAAACCUGUAUAACAUACUGACCUCCAGAAGCAAUAAAGGGACAGUGGGAGCUGGAAGAGCUCAGGUGCUUGGAUUAUGGAAGCAUAUUCUUGCUUUUCAAAGGUGACUUUUUUUUCUUUUUUUUUUAAACCCGCCCUAAAAGGGGAGUUUUUAUCCCUGCACCCCUCUGGGCUCCGUUGGUUUUUCACUGCUUGGAUUACGCUGCAAUUCCAGCAGCGUGAUGCUCUAGUCCAGAAAUUCUCCCUUAAUUGGGGCAUCCAGAGUUUGCAACACUAAAAGCCAUGUUGAUAGCUUGAUUACAUAUAAACGGGCAUGAUUUUUUUUUUUUUUUUAGAACUGCCAAAAAUUUGUUUGGCUUCCCUGGCAAUAAGAGCUCUGCAGCUGUUGGUCCGGGCUGACCUGCUGGAGCAGAGUGUGCCCCGAGUUUCUGGUUUAGGACCAGUCCGUGCUCAGCCAAACUUGGUUUGUACAAUAAAGGAGGUGGGUGCUACUUGUUCAUAAGCCUGAAGGUUUUCUCCCUUGACAUGUAAAUAAGAUACUUGGCAUCAUGAUAUGAUGGAAGUGUAAGUGGAAUGGGGUGUUUUUGUUGUUGUUGCCAGUGGGUAUUUAAAUGAAGACAUUCAUCUUAAGAUGACUCUUGUCAUUUUUGUAAAAUCUGUGUUUACUGCACAGAAUACUGUUACUUCCUGACCUUUCCUUUCCUCCAAGCCAUUUUUUUUUCUAAUUAAUUUGACUGAUUAAUGAAUUAAAAGUUUCUCCUUUUACCAGGUAUUCUGUUUCAAGGGCUUUGUUUUGUAUCUGUGUAAGUUUGAUUUUGAUGUAUGCACUCUUCUUUUUAGAGAAACUUGCAUUCUGCUGUUAAAUAAAUACUGUGCUGUAACCCUUAGAGACAAUAUGUAAUGUCUGUUUUGCUAAUGAAUCAUCGAUCAGGUCUCUGUAAAGCAUGAACUCCAUACCUCAGAUUCACUUAAAGGUCUUUUUUGUCUGAUAAUGAAAUCAAAGCACCUUUGGAGAUAUGGUGAGGGCACGUGCUCUCUCUGUUAAGCUCUGCAUCCUCAGUUUUAGGUAAAAUGAUGCAUAGUUUCAUCUGUUCCUAUCUAUUUGCUGAUUUGCCAGUAAUAAAUUAAUGAAAAGUACUUGUUGUUGUUUAGUAUGCUAAAGUCAGUGGGCAAGCUCCUCUUUCUAGCUCUUAGGCAGUUAAUUUACUCCAUUCUCUGUUCAUUUGGUCUGGCAUAGACGCUAGAAACACUGCAAAACAGUCUUGGCAGAUAAAAAGCAAAUUUUGAAAGGAUGAAAUGUAACUUGAUACAAGCUUCAAAGUUACAAAAGAAUGGAUUUUCUUUUUUCAAUGCUUCCAUAUGUUUAUGAAAAGGGUACUUUCUCAGGUUAGUAACAAAUGGAAGGUUACUUGCUUUCCUCUUUGCGGAAUAUGGUUAAUCCUCUUAAGAGUAUGUCAUUCCUUCAUCACUGCCUUCCUCAAAUACUGAA